AUGGCAACCCAUCCCGCCGUCGUCACAGUUGGGCCAGGCCUGCCUCUGGAGAUCCUCCAAGUCCCCACACCGACACCGACCGGCAACGAAAUCCGCGUACGAGCACUCUGGACGGCAUCCACGCCCCUCGAUCUCCACCAAGCAGACGGCGGCCUCCUGGUCCAACAUCCCCAACUCCUAGGCGACGGCGUUGCAGGCCGAGUAGUCGAAGUGGGACCCCUCGCCACCAAGUACCAGCCAGGGGAUCUCGUCUUCGGCUUCACCUGGCGCAACCAGGCCGAGAAGGCGCAUCAAGAGUACGUCGUGGCGCCGGAGUUCUUGUUCGGCAAGCUGCCACGCAACUUCACCAUGCAGCAAGCCGUGACGCUGCCCAACAACUUCGUCACAGCAUGGCACACCCUCACCAAGGAGUUUGGGUUCGACCUUCCGUGGCCCAAACCGGACGGAUACCUGCCGGAGCAGGAGGAACGCGACGCAGGGAUCUUAAUCUGGGGAGGAAGUUCCAGCGUCGGACAAUUCGCGCUCCAAAUCCUAAAGCACUACGGGUAUAGGCGCGUCAUCACGACAGCUAGUAGAACACACCAUGAGAAAUUACACCACCGGUACGGCGCGGCAAGGUGUUUCGACUACCGAGAUCCAGACGUCGAGCGGGACAUCAUCUCCUUUGUGGAGCCUCAUGAGUGCGCAACCACAGCUGAUCCUAUAGCAAAAAACGGCAUCGCAUACAUCCUCGACUGUAUCGGCAGCCUCCAAGGCAGCGUCCUCCCCGUUUCACGCAUCGCCAGGCUGACAGCGACGCCGCGUGGUACGAAAGUCGCGAUCCUCCUCCCCAUCAUCGUCAAGGACCCCUCCCCGGGAAUCAAGCCAGUCUACGAAAUGGACGUGCUCGCGGCGGCCGACUGGCCUGUCGGCGUCGAGGCCGUGGGCGUGAGGACGCAUUUCUACCUAGACGACGCAGCUCUCAAGGACAAGCUGCAGAGCGAAAUCAUGCCGUCGGUGCUGGAGAGGGGCAUUGUCGAGCCGAACGAGCAGUUGAUCGUCGAGGGCGCCACGAUGCUCGAGAGGGCAGAGAAGGCGUUGACCUUGUUGAGAGACAAGAAGGUCAGUGGGGAGAGACUGGUGUGGCGGGUUGCGGACAGUCAUGAAGAUUGA